CGCGCCAAACUGCAGAUGAUGUUGACAUCACAUAUCCUUAUCCAGCAACACGGCACACACUUUUCUUUUCUUUUCUUUUCUUUUUUUACGGGAAGGAAUCGUUUUUGUGGUAUCGUUCUGAAUAAGACUUGGUCGACAAGAUAUUGUGUGUGGUUGUUAAAAAAAAGCUCUUCAUUCUGAAUUUGUUUCAAUGUAAAGACAAGCGUUUUCCCGGAUGUUGUGAAAAACUUGAGGCCUGAUUCUUGUACUACACGCGUGUAAAGCAUCUCAUUGCCUUUAGGAGACAAAGUGUGCCUGGAUGAUCAAAAGUCAUGUUUGGCUCAUCGAGAUCUGGAGGGGUGAGAGGAGGUCAGGACCAGUUCAACUGGGAUGAAGUGAAAGUGGAUAAACACAGAGAGAACUAUUUGGGGAAUUCUCUCAUGGCACCGGUUGGACGGUGGCAGAAAGGAAAGGAUUUGACAUGGUAUGCCAAAGAUAAGAAGGGUGGCACAUCUCUGUCUAAAGAGCAGGAGAUGGCAGCUGUACGGGAGGCAGAGCAUGAGGCCAUGUUGGCAGCACUGGGUCAUAAAACAAUCAAGAGACAACCAACUGGUCUUACCAAAGAGGAUCUUGCAGAUGUGUGCAGGAGGGAAGGUGAGGGGGAUGAAAGGAACGUGGACAGGGUCUCUGGACUUGGAAGCUCCAGGGCUGGGCCAAGAGGAAUGUUGCUUUCCAAGCAAGAAAAAGAAGCUGUAAAAAUGGGUUUGCCGGUUUUCACGCAUCACAAAGCUGACAGACCGCAGGAAGCUGCUCAGAUGCCAGAGGAGGCCAACAGACAUGAUAAAGGAGACAAAAGAUCUGAAAGCAAAAAGAAGAGUAAAAAGGAAAAGAAGAGCAAGAAGGAGAAAAAGAAGAAAAAAGAGAUAAAGAAACACAGAAGCAGAAAGGACUCUUCAGAUUCUGACUUUGAAAUAUACAGUAAAAGGCUGAAAAAAGAUUCCCGGGACCACCAUGGUCCUAAUCCAUCAAGGAGCAGUCAGAGUGGAGCCGGAGCCCGUGACAGCCAUUCAGGAGGGGGGCCAAAGGCUGACCAUAGGACACUGACCCCCCCUCACCAGCACCGCCGUCAGCGGCAUGACACGGACUCGUCUUCUGAUGGCCACCGUGCUGGUCGAGGGUCCCCAUCACAAAGCUACCGGCGGCGCCACCAUAGCGGCUCAGACAACUGAUGCAUCUGAGCCCCGCUAUUGCCCCUUUAUCCAUACCACCUCACCCUCAAACUCUGGACAACUUAGGCCACAAGGCAUGACAGCUCAGGGAGCACACUAAUAAGGAUUUCUGGGUACAUUUCACCUGAAAAUCAUGUAAAUGCAAAGUAAAACUUUACCUUCGGACUAAUUAGCUUGAGGUGUGUACAGCACUCUUAUUCUGGACACAAAGUGAGACUGCAUUUCCUUUAGUAACUGGACUGUGCAGCAUAUCCUUUUUAAAGGCAUAGUUCACCCAAAAAUGCAAAUUCUCUUAUCAUUUACUUACCCGCAUACCAUCCCCGAUGUAUAGGACUUUCUUUCUUUAGAUAAAAACAAACUAAGAUUUUUAGUAAAAUAAGUCAAUCUGUGUGAGUCCAUAUAAUGCAAGUGAAUGUGUGCCACAUGGUUGACGUUUGAAAAACCACACAUGGCGAACAUGACGUAAUCCAUACGACCCCAGUGGAUGAAUCAUUGUCUACUGAAAUUAAACGAUAGGUAUGUGUAAGAAAAAUACUGAUAUUUUUAACUUUUUGAACUAUGAGGGGGGACGUUGUGACAUAAGUGCGUUUUGAAGAUUGCUCGAGAAGUAACACAAGCACAGAGGAUCUGGGUACAUUCUCGCAUGUACUUUACAACAUACGUUAUGUGUUGCAAUGUCCCUCAUGAACGCUCAUAUAACAAAAGUUAAAGUGGAUCAAAAAGUUAAAAAUAUCAGUAUUUUUCUUAAACACCUAUCUUUUCUCUUUUCAAGACAUUGAUUCAUCCAUUGGGGUCGUAUGGAUUACCGUCAUGAUUGCUGUGUGUGGUUUUUCAAGCAUCAACUGAGUGGCACACAUUCACAUUCACUCAUAGAGAUGGAUUAUUUUCCUGAAAAUCUUUGUUUUUGUUUAUCUGAAGAAAGAAAGUCAUAUACAUCGAAGAUGUACGGUGGCCCAGUAGUGCACAACACAACGAAAUUAAAAAAGCAAACAUAAGUUCACAACACAACGAAAU